CGGCCUUCCCCCUCUAGAGAAACUCACGGAGACGAGCAUCAAGUCUGAGGAUGAGGUGGAUGAUGGAGCCGACAUCGAAGCUGAAGAUAUCGACAUCGACGUGGUCUCUGACAAGGGUGACUGUGAUCUCGACAGUACCAAAGACGCACUCGACCACCCUGGUUCUAAGUCUCCUGAAUCGACCUCCUCCGACUCUCACUCCAACCACAAGACGGACAAAGCCUCCAAGUUGGAGAUGAAGACCAAGGGUAAUUGUCCUGAGCUGGAGAGCAACGACUGCCACUUGGAGACGAAAGAGCUCUGGGAGAAGUUUUUUGAGCUCGGUACAGAAAUGAUCAUCACUAAAACUGGAAGGCGUAUGUUCCCCACAGUCAGGGCGUCCUUCAUGGGACUUAAGUCUGAGCAUAGAUACGCGGUGCUCCUCAACAUUGUUCCCGUUGAUAACAAACGCUACAGGUACGCGUACCAUCGGUCGUCAUGGCUGGUGGCAGGUAAGGCUGACCCACCACCACCCUACCGCCUCUACGCCCACCCCGACUGUCCUUACUCCGGCGACCAACUCAAGAAGCAGAUCGUGUCUUUUGAGAAGGUCAAACUCACCAACAACGAGAUGGACAAACAUGGCCAGAUCAUGUUGAACUCUAUGCACCGGUACCAGCCGAGGAUCCACUUGGCAGUGGCUGGAACAGCCACAGAGGCAGUGGCUGGAACAGCCACGGAGGCAGCGGCGGUUGGUGAUGACGUCACGGGAGAGUCUAAGGUAGCUGGCGCCCGACCUGGACACCCCAGCCGCGCGCAAUGUGGGAACUGCGGCGUGACACAUGCCUCAGGCAAAAGCAAUUGUCCUGCAAGUGGGGCCACAUAUCGCAAUUGCUCUAAGGGUGUCCAUCUGCAACAGAUGCCACUUGUGAUGCGGCGCCACCUUAGUGCCUACCACUCCUGUGGUGCACCACGCUAUGCCUCCUGGCCCCCCUUCUGUGGUGCCCUCUGUACCCGCGCCCUCGCUCGCACCCCCAGCCCCUUCCCAGUCGGCCGUGGCCAGGCCUGGGAGAGGCUGCAGGCACCCACCCGGAUAGAAGGAUAUAAUGCAAAAAAACAAAAAAAACAAGGAAUCAUUUAUCCCAAAAUUCCAUCUGCCAUGAGACCAGUGCCACAUGGUCCUGAGGUUCCAGGCCCCAUUCCGCCAGAUGUGUUGCAGUCCGUGUCAUCAGAAUCUGACCAUGAUUCAUCGUCAGCUAAUGAAUGGAGGUUGUUCAUCGAUUCUUCAAAAACAAGUCUCAAAGGAAUUUUACUUCAUAAUGGAAAUGUAUUUUCAUCAAUUCCUGUGGCUCACUCUGUUCAUCUUAAGGAAACUUUUGAAAAGUUGCAGAUACUUCAAGAGAAAGUUCAUGAUAAAGAUCAUGGCAAAUAG